CGGGGCAGCCAGCAUCCCCCACGCGGCCGCGGGCCGUAACCCCGGGGUAGUUGCGGGGAGGUCCGGGUUUUCCCGAAGAGCCCGAGACGGCCGACUCCUCCCCGCGACCCCGGGCUUUGUGCUCGGGAAAGCGCGCGGCCGGCCGGCUGCCGGGAUUGUAGCUGGCGCUCAUGGCCGGCCUCCCCCGGUUUCCCGGAGGGCGCGGUCGCUCCCGGGACGGACCAGCCCUCCCGCCUGUGCGAAAGAGUUUCCUGUGGCCAUGGCCUAGCAGAAUGAUGCAGCCUUAAUGCCUCGCUGGCUGCUGACGCCCUCCCUGGCCCAUGACAUCCCAUCCGAGUGCCUUUCCGGUUCAGUUCCGGCCACCCACGCUCAGCGGACUCUCCCGGGUCACCAGCAGCCUGUAUAUCAGCAACGGCACAGCCGCCAACAACAAGCUCAUGCUCUCGGGCAACCAGAUCACCUCCAUCAUCAACGUGUCCUUGGAGGUGGUGAACACCCGCUACGAGGAUAUCCAGUACCUGCAGGUGCCCGUGGCCGACACCCCCGUCUCUCGUCUCUGUGACUUCUUUGACCCCAUUGCCGACCACAUCCACGGGGUGGAGAUGAAGCAGGGCCGCACGUUGCUUCACUGUGCGGCUGGUGUGAGCCGCUCGGCCACCCUCUGCCUUGCCUACCUCAUGAAAUACCACAGUAUGUCCCUACUGGAGGCCCACUCAUGGACCAAGGCCUGCCGGCCCAUCAUCCGGCCCAACAGUGGCUUUUGGGAGCAGCUCAUCCACUAUGAGUUUCAGCUGUUUGGCAAGAACACCGUUCACAUGGUCAGCUCCCCUUUGGGAAUGAUCCCCGACAUCUAUGAGAAGGAGGUCCGUUUGAUGAUUCCACUGUGAGCCUUGCCGCCAGGGUCUGAGGUACGGAACUGCCAUUGUGCCUCCCACUAAGACCUUCAGCAGAGUAUUUCACUUGGGUGCGUACAGGAAAACAAAACCCAACCAACAGAUGAUGCCCUUUCUAAAGGCAAGGGAGGAAUGCUGUAAGUUUCUAACCUAGUGUGAUGUGUAUCUUUAAGCGGGAGAGAAACUUGCUCCAUGGAAGAUUGUGGAGAUAAGCUUCCUGCCAUAGGUCAUGGUUAUAGGCCCGAGUAAAGGGUGAGGCUGCUUGUUGCUGCUCAGGUCCAGUGGGUCAGCUCCGGAGCAUAGGGUGGACCUGGCACCCUGCUGCCUUCCCCCAGGAAUGGGCCCUCCUCAGCUCCUUCACUGGGAACUCACUCAAAACCAGAGCCUUACACAGCCAUACACCUCUGGUGCUGCUGGCAGGAAGUGAAGUGCAGCCUGCUGGCUAAGUGACCUUCAAGCAGUGCCCUGGGCACCCUGAAGUGCCCCUCCUCCUACCCCUGCCACUGGAGCUCACAUUUGGUUUUCUAGACUGGAUUUACACGUGAAAUAGUUUUCAAACAAAGCAUUCCACUGUAUAAAAAGUUUAAGCCUUUUUUUUCUUUUCUUUUCUUUUUUCUCUUUGGGUCACACGUGGCGAUGCACAAGGGUUACUCCUGGCUCUGCACUCAGGAAUCACUCCUGGUGGUGCUCAGGGGACCAUAUGGGAUGCUGGGAAUCGAACCCAGGUUGGCCAUGUGCAAGGCAAAUGACCUACCCACUGGGCUAUCACUCCAGCCCUGUCAUUUUUUCUUUUUAAUCAUUGUCAUAUAUAUAUAUAUGACACAGGCUAGAGCUACAGUACAACAGGUAGAGCAUUUGCCUUGCACAUAGCUGAUUAAAGUUCAAUCCCUGGCACCCUGUAUGGUCCCCAAGCACCUCUAGGAGUGAUCCCUGAGCAUCAUCCAGUGUGGCAAUAUACAUACAUAUAUAUGGAUAUAUAUAUAGGCUCAAAGGGCCAGUGAGACCCAAUCCCAAUCCAGCCUUUGAGGAGGGAGUCCCAUGUCUCCUCCUGAGAGUAUUCAUGUCCUCAGGCCUUGGGUCCCUCCCUCAUGCCUUGGCUCAGAGGACUGGAGCUCCGGCCAGAAGCCAGCCUUGUCACCUCCUCCCUAUAUGGAGCCCCCGGUCUGGGGUCUCUUGGGGCCUCUGUUUCCUCUGUGCCCAAGCACUGACAACCCUUCCCCAAUGAUUCCUUAGCUGGGCACAUGGCACAUGGCCCAGGCUCAGUGGAAUGGGCAGCUUUUGUCAUGAAUUCUGCUGGCUCUGCUAUCAUAGUUGGCCCAGGACCCUGUCCCCUCAUUUGCACACAGCUCUCUGUAGUGUCCAAGGAGUGUGCCAGAGGGCAUCCUAAGGGGAAGGGGACAUAACUGAGGUCCAUUCCAGCUUCUGGAAAAGGUGCUCAUUUUUCUUUUGUGUUUUUGGUGGGGGAGGGGGAGCAUCACACCCAGAGAUGCUCAGGAGUUACUCCUGGCUCUGCUGUUCCUGGCUCAUCAGGAAUUAUUCCUGGUGGUGCUUUGGGGACCAUAUGAAUGCGGGCAUUUAAUCCCAGGUUGGCCGUGUACAAAGCAAGCACCCUACCCACUAAACAAUCUCUCCACCCCCAAAAAAGCUAUUUCUGAUGCUGGUCCUGAGAACUAGCGAGCACACCCGUUCAACUAACCAAACAGGACCCUUGGGGACAUUUGACUAAGGGACAGGUGAGUGGAUUCCCACCAAUAGGCCUUUAAAUCCAGAAAUGUUCAACUCCAUUCCAGGUGCCUGAGGAUCUGGUGGAGACACACUUUUCUAAUCCAGCAAAACAGUGUAUGAACCACACAGGAUGUGGCUGUGCUGGGACACAGUGACACCCCCACUUCCACCACAGGGUGCAUUUUAAGUGGGGUGGGGAAAAAAGCACAUCACCUCUGUAUGCAUCUCUUUACAAGUGAGAAAAGAGUCAGCAGUACUGGGCUGGCAGAGCCCCCUCCCCACGCCUCCAAGGCAGUCUCUGAGAGAUUGAGAUAAAAUUUUUCUUUGAGGACUGGAGUGAUAUUACAGCAGGUAGGGCGUUUGCCUUGCAUGUGGCUGGCCCAGGUUUGAUCCCCAGUACUCCAUAUGGUCCCCAAAGCCUGCCAGGAGUGAUCUCUGAGCAUUGCCAGGUGUGACUCCCAAAACAAAUUUUUUUCUUUGAAGACAUCUUCAAGAGAAUUUUAUAGGAUAUAUCUUGUUUCCAUUUAAAACUUUUAAAAUUGUUGUUUGGUAUGUUUUAACACAUUUGUAUAACCAACUUCAUAGUCAGAACACAACUUUUUUUUUCAACCCCCAAAUUCCCUUAUGCUACCCUUAGUUAAACCUUAGUUCCACCUUUCUGGCAAAUACUGACCUAUGCUCCUGUAGAUUUGCCUUUCUAGAAUGUCACAUGGAAUCUCAUAGAAUAUAACCUCUGAAGGCUGCCUCCUUUCAUAUCUUUUUCACGACCAAGAAGUAUUCCAUUGUGUGGAUACACAAUUUAUUUUAUAUUCACCCAUUGAGGGGUCUUUUGAGUUAUUAUCACCUUGGAGUGAUUUAUUUAAAUAAAUCUUCUAUAAAUAUUGGUGUGUAGGUUGUUGUGUGAACAUGUUUCCAUUUAUGUAGGAUUUAUAAAUAGGCAUGGAUUAUUUAGUCAUAUAAUAUAGUUAACUUGUGAAUUAAAAAGAAAAAAACUACCAGUACCUGAACUAUUUUGCAUUCUACAACUAGAAUUCCAGUUUCUCUGUUUCCUUCCCAGUAUUUGAUACUGCCAAAAUUGUUUAUUGUGGCCAUUCUGAUUGGAGCGUGGUGAUUAGUCAUUGUGGGGUCACAAAUUUAUGGAAAUUUGCAUUUCCAUGAUGGUUAAUAAUGUACAUCUUUUUGUGGGCUAACCUCCCAUUUCAUAUAACCUCUAUGAUGUAGUAUCAUCUGUUCUCUGCCCAUGUUAAGUUGGAUGAUUUUCUCACUAUUAAGUGUUGCAAAUUCUUUAUGUAAUGCGAAUAAAUGUUUUUCUGUCAGACGUGGAUUCAUAAAUAUUUUCCAGUUUAGCUUCACUUUCUCUUUUCUUAAAAGUGCAUUUUGGACCAGAGAGAGACUACAGCACAUAGGGUGCUUGUCUUGCACACAACUGAACCGAGUUCAAUCUCUGCCAUCCUAUAUGGUCCCCAGGAGUAAUUCCUGAGUGCAGAGCCAGGAGUAACCCCUGAGCACCACCAGGUAUGACCCAAAAAAAGUGCAUUUUGGAAAGCAAAGGCUUUUUAAUUUUGCUGAAGUGCUAUUUUUUUUUAUGGAUAGUUUUGGUAUCAUUUCAGAACUAUUACCUUAUUGCAGAUCACAAA